AUGGUUAUGGACGUGGACGUGGACAUGGACGUGGACGUGGACGUGGACGUGGACGAAGACAUGGUCGUGGACGUGGACGUGGACGUAGACAUGGACGUAGACUUGGACGUGGACGUGGACGUGGACGUGGUCGUGGACGUGGACGUGGACGUGGAGGAACAUGGACACAUGGUCGUGGACGUGGACGUGGACGUGGACGUGGACGUGGACAUGGACGUGGACGUGGACGUGGACUUGGACGUGGACGUGGACGUUGACGUGGACGUGAACGUGGACGUGGACGUGGACAGGGACAUGGACGUGGACGUGGACGUGGACAUGGUCGUGGACGUGGACGUGGACGUGGACAUGGUCGUGGACGUGGACGUGGACGUGGACGUGGACAUGGACGUGGACGUGGACGUGGACAUGGACAUGGACGUGAACGCGGACGUGGACGUGGACAGGGACGUGGACGUGGACGUAGACGUGGACGUGGACAUGGACGUGGACGUGGACGUGACGUGGACGUGGACAUGGACGUGGACGUAA